AUGAAGUUCCUCCAUGGGAUUCUUGCCCUUUCGGGCAUUGUUACUUUGGCAUUGGCUGAUUGUCCGGGCUAUAUUGCCUACAAUGUUGCCCAAUCCAAGGUUGGUUUGACAGCAGACCUGAAACUGGCUGGUCCAAAUUGUAACGCAUACGGGUGGGACUUUGGUUACUUGAAAUUGCUUGUCGAAUAUCAGAGCACGGAGCGGCUACACGUGAUGAUUUAUGAUCCCAAUGAGCAGGUCUAUCAAGUCCCAACUUUUAUUGUGCCCCGGCCCGAUGGCUCAUCUGCGAAAAAUGAUCUCGAAUUCGACCUGACACCUAACCCAUUCUCUUUUGCUGUUCGCCGCAAGAGCACCGGGGAGACGCUCUUUGAUACCAAGGGAGCGCCUUUGAUCUUCGAGUCGCAAUAUCUUGGCCUUCGUACUGCCUUGCCCAAUGACCCCAAUAUUUACGGCUUGGGAGAGCACUCUGAUCCUUUCCGCCUCAAUUCUACCAACUAUAUUAGAACGCUAUGGUCAAGAGAUGCGUACACCAUCCCUGCGGGCACAAAUCUGUAUGGAAAUCAUCCAAUUUACUUUGACCACCGGAUGAGUGGCACGCACGGUGUCUUUUUGCUCAACAGCAAUGGCAUGGACAUCAAAAUCAACAAUGACCCAACAGACGGUCAAUACCUGGAGUACAAUACUAAUGGAGGCGUUCUUGACUUUUACUUCCUCUCUGGCCCUAAUCCCACAGAUGUGGCCACCCAGUACAGUGAAAUUAUCGGUAAAUCGACUAUGAUGCCUUACUGGGGAUUCGGGUUCCAUCAAUGCAGAUAUGGCUACCAGGACGUGUAUGAGGUUGCCUCGGUCGUGUACAAUUAUUCCCAGGCCGGCAUUCCCCUCGAGACAAUGUGGACAGAUAUCGAUUAUAUGAAUCUUCGCCAAGUUUUCACGCUCGAUCCAGAGAGGUUCCCGCUUGAGAAAAUGCAGGAGCUUGUUACGUAUCUCCAUGAUCACGAUCAACAUUAUGUAUUGAUGGUGGACCCCGCAGUGGCAUACAUGGAUUACCCACCAUUCAACCUCGGGCAGCAGGAAGGUAUCUUUAUGGAAUUCCCCAACGGAACCAUUUUCCAAGGAGUGGUAUGGCCUGGAAUCACAGCCUUCCCUGACUGGUUCCAUCCUAAUACGCAAGGAUACUGGAACACCGAAUUUGACUCCUUCUUUAAUGCCGAUACCGGUGUCAACAUUGAUGCGCUUUGGAUUGACAUGAACGAAGCGUCAAACUUUUGCCCGUUCCCCUGCGCCAACCCUGCUGCCUUUGCCGUUUUCAACAGCGAUCCGCCGACUCCGCCACCUGUCCGUGCCAACCCACGGCCAUUGCCUGGGUUCCCCGCAGACUUCCAGCCUCCGAACUCAACAACAUCACGGAUCAUGAAACGGCAGGCUGACGGCUCGAAGCUGGGAAUCUCAGGAAGAGAUUUGCUGACUCCACCCUACUAUAUUCAUAAUGCCGCUGGUGCGCUCAGCAUGAACACGAUCAGAACCGACCUGUACCACUCUGGUGGAUAUGCUGAUUAUGAUGUGCAUAACCUUUAUGGCACCAUGAUGAGCUCGACAAGUUACAAUGCCAUGCUGAGUCGGAGACCCAAUAAUCGGCCGUUGGUUAUCACCCGAAGCACUUAUGCGGGAGCAGGAACAAAGGUUGGUCAUUGGUUGGGUGACAAUGUUUCCACCUGGGACAAGUAUCGUAUUUCCAUCUCCGGAUUGCUUCAAUUCGCCUCGCUCUACCAGGUACCUAUGGUUGGAAGUGAUGUUUGCGGCUAUGCUGGGGAUACGACAGAAGAACUCUGCGCACGAUGGGCCAUGCUGGGAGCGUUUAGUGGCUUCUACCGCAACCACAAUUCCAACGACUCUCCUCCGCAGGAAUUCUACCGCUGGGCUUCUGUUACUGCGGCAGCCAAGAAGGCCAUCAACGCCAGAUAUCAACUUCUUGAUUACUUUUACACCGCCUUCCAGCAGCAAAGCGUCUCGGGCGUGCCAGCCAUCUCCCCGAUGUGGUUCCCGUACCCAACGGACACUACAGCUCCUCUCAUUGAGCUGCAGUAUUUCUUUGGCCCAUCGAUCUUGAUCAGCCCUGUUACCGACGAGGGUGCCACUAGCGUCAGCAUUUACCUUCCCAAUGACCAGUUCUAUGACUUCUGGACUUUGGCUCCCGUUACUGGCACUGGCUCGUACAUUACCCUGUCGAACCUUCAGCUCACGGAUAUUCCUAUCCACAUUCGCGGAGGAUCCAUCAUUCCGAUGCGCGCCCAGAGUGCCAAUACCACAACUGCCCUCCGUCAGAACAACUUUAACCUUAUUGUUGCACCCGGCACCAACAACAAGGCUACUGGCAGUCUCUACAUUGAUGACGGUGAUUCGCUCGUUACGACCGCAUCUUCCACAUACAACUUCAACUAUGCUGGCAAGACCCUGACUGUGAGCGGAGUGCAAGGCUACGAUGUCGGCAACCUCCAGUGGUCCCAGGUCACCGUUCUUGGGGUCAAUAAGGCGCCCAAGAAUGUCAAGGUCAAUGGCAACAAUGCCCAAUAUACCUACAAUGCCAACUCGCAAUCCGUCACCGUCACCGUCAAUGUCGCAUUGAAGGGUGCUUUUGCAUUGACAUUGCAGUAA